AUGGGCUGGCCGGCCGACCUGCUGAAAAAGGGGAAGAAGAUAACAACGGUCAAGCGAAACUCCACCCGAGGGCUCCAGGUCACCAAGCGAGGCCUGGUGUCCGUCGCACGCGCCCUCAAGUCCGCUGCCAGUCAGAUAUCCACCACCGUCGUCCUCCACCAGAUCCAGGUGAAGGACGACAAGGAGCGACGCACUGUAACGCCGGAACUUCUACGCAGGUGCCUGGAGCGAUGCCGGACCUGCAUACCAGUGCUGUUGCGCGACUUAUCGCGGAGGAAGCGCGACGUCAACCUACGGAACCAGCUCAUAGGCUACUUCGGUUUGUAUGUGGCUUCUCUCUACGGCCACAGAACCGGGGUGGUCAGCAACAUGAGAGUGAGUGAGGUAGAAGAAGCCGAACAGUCGGGAUCCAGGCACGACUCGUCCGGCUACGUGAUCAACGUCAGGCACCACAAGACCAACCGGGCCUUCGGGAGCGCCCAGCUCUUCCUGACGCCGGAGGAAUACGGUUGGUUGAGAAGAUGGAUGGCCAUACGCAGAGAGCUGCGCCCCGACUCGGACCUGAUGUUUUUCAACCUGAACGGAGGCCCCGUCAACAAGCUGACGUCCUUCGCCCGCGACGCCUGGGCCAGGAUGCGCCUGCCGGGUAGCCCCUCGUUGACAGACAUACGGACCGCCGCCAGGAACACGCAGUGCGCUGAGGUCCGGCAGCGUAUGUCCCAGCUGAUGUGUCACGACACUAGGACCGCGGACCGCUUCUAUGCCAUGCAACUGACUGUCAGCCAGUUGGCAGACAUGCGGAGGACCUUCGACCUCUCCAGGGAGGCUGACCAGCAGCCGCUGGAAUAA